UGAUAACAAAGUUAUAUUUUAACGGCACUUAUCUUAUAAUUGCAAAUAAAUUAGAGGAACAACAUCUUUUUAUGUAAAAAAUUUAAUUUUAAAAGUGCAUACUAUUUUAUACUUAUGUUAUUAAAUUUAUUUAUAAUCAUAAUUAGGGUAUUUGACUAUUAAAUUAUUAUUUUUGAAAAUGACAACACAAGAAGAAGAAAAUUUAUGGAACUCAAUGUUAAUUUCAUUGAAAGAAAAAGGAGGGACCCGUCUACCCACGAAUAAAUCAAUGAUUAUUAUUGGUGACAAAGAAUCAGGUAAAACUACUCUUGUAGCUAAACUUCAAGGCAUUGAUGACCUGACAAAAGGAAUUGGUUUAGAGUAUGCAUAUAUUGAUAUUAGAGAUGAAUAUAAAGAAGAUCAUACAAAAUUAAAUGUUUGGGUUCAAGAUGGAAAUCCAAAAUAUUCUUUUUUGUUAAAAUUUGCUCUAUCUGAGAAAAAUUUUAAAAAUACUUCAAUAAUGUUUGUAGUGUCUAUGAAAACUCCUUGGAAUAUUAUGGAUCAACUUGAAAGUUGGGCUACAUUAUUACAAGAUUAUAUUGACAGUUUACCUAUUCCUAGUGAAGAAUUAUUGGAGUACAGACAAAAGUGUAUCAAAAAAUGGAAUGAAUAUACAGAGGAAAAUAUAGGAGAAAAAAAUGGAUUAUGGGAACAUGCACUCGGUGAAGGUGUCCUUACAAGAAACCUUGGUAUUGAUGUAAUUAUAGUUGUUACUAUGACUGAUUACAUCAGUAUUUUGGAAAAAGAAAAUGAUUUUAAGGAUGAACAUUUUGAUUAUAUACAACAAUCAAUACGUAAAUUUUGUCUUCAAUAUGGAGCUUCAUUAUUUUACACUUCAGCUAAAGAGGACAAGAACUGUGAUUUAUUGUAUAAAUUUUUAACUCAUAAAAUUUAUAAUUUUCCUUUUAAAACUCCUGCGCUUAUUGUUGAGAAAGAUGCUGUAUUUAUACCUUCAGGUUGGGAUAGUAUGAAGAAAAUAAGUAUUCUUUAUGACAACUUACAAACAAUUAGGCACGAUGAAUUUUACAAUUCAGUAAUUAGUAAAGUUAUCACUAGGAAAGCUCUUACUAAAGAUCAUGAAGUUCAAGCAGAAGACGAACAAAUAUUUUUAAAUAAACAGUUAGGUUUAUUAAACCAAAGUGCUGGCCAGCAAUCAGCUAUUGGUAUACCAAGACAAGAUUCUGUGAUGAGAUCUUUAACAGGAGUAUCUAAACCUGGAGAAAGAAGGAUGUCUCUAACAAGCCAAGGUCAGGGGUCUCCUACUAAAAAAAUUGAUCCAGUUAAGUCUAAUAACACAGCUACUCCUGGCGAAGGAGUGUUAGCUAACUUUUUCAAUUCUUUAUUACAUAAAAAAUCUAACCAGAGUCCAAUACCAACAAAAACAACUGGGGAACUGUCAGGUUCAAAAUCAUUAUCAUUUGAUCAUCCUACAGAUUAUCCUACUGAGUAUCCUACUGAUGCAGCAGCCGAACUAGACAAAUUAGCUAAGAAAUCACUAAAUAUAACAAGUAGUACAUUAAAUGAAACAAACAAUGUAAGAGGAGAAAAAUCUAACAGUACAUCUUUGAUGGAUCAGUCAUCAUCAGAUUGUUAAUUCAUAAGUGAACUUACUUAAUGAGCUUUAAAACAUUAUUUUUUUUAUUUAGAUUUUCCCUCACUCCUUUUUACAUGACUAUUAGGAAUGUUUAAAAAUAUUCUGCUAGUUAUUUUUAUUUUAUUUUAUUUGUUAUUUAUUUUUAUAUUUACCAAAACUAAAAUUGACUUAAUGAUUUAUUUUUAAGUUAAUAUUUACCUAAUUUAUACUAUUCUAUUAUAUUAAAUUCUUCCUAUUUUUAUAAUUAAAUGUGAUAACCUAAAAUUUUUAAUACUGAUAUCUUAGU